AUGACAGUCACAAUUAGGAAGGUAUUGCUCGGAUUAUCUUGGGUUCCAGUGGCAUUGGCUAUAAGUGACGUGUUCCAUUUCUCUAAAGUGGAUGGUAGUUCAAUGAGACCCACUUUAAAUCCAAGUGAUCUGGAUACACAUGACUGGGUAUUGUUGAAAAAAUUUAGACCAUCCUCAAAUUUGAAAGUCAAUGAUAUUGUCCUUUUGAAAUCACCAUUUGACCCUUCAAAGGUUCUUUGUAAAAGAAUUAAAGCUAUAUCUUUAGAUACAAUCAAACGUGACACAUACGGCGAUUGUGAUGCUAAUAAUACUAUGCUUAUACCGAGAGGGCAUGUUUGGGUGGAAGGUGAUAACAUACAUUCUGUGGAUAGUCGUAAUUUUGGUCCCAUCUCCAAAGGAUUGAUUGUGGGUAAAGUUUUAUUCAUUAUUUGGCCACCACAGAGAUGGAAGACAAGGUUGAAUAAAUGGGUUGGAAAUAAUAUCCUUAUCCAUUCUAACAAUGAAAAAAAUUGA